AUGCCCGAAACGGUCAUCUCGCGGCUCUCCGAGUCUAUCUUCAGGAACAUCAAGGUUGUCGACUCGUACCUCAAGGCCAACAACCUCCCCGGUCCGUCCUUUGACGUCGACGCCCCGACCUCUAUAGACAUUGGCCCCGACGGCGAGCACGUCGAGGAGGCCCGCGUCAAGGCCCUCGAGGGCGCCCUCGAGCUGGUCGACCUGCUGUCGGGGCCUAUGGUCGCGCUGAGGCCUCUGACCAGCGGCGCCAGCCUGCAGGCCAUCUCGCGGUGGGACAUUGCAAACAAGGUGCCGAUCCACGGCGAGGCGUCUUUCACGGAGCUGGCGCGGCAGUGCAGCGUCAACGCGGUCGACCUGCGGCGGGUGCUGCGGUACGCCAUGUGCCACCACCGGCUGUUCCACGAGCCGCGCGAGGGGUUCGUGGCGCACACGCUGGCGUCGCGGCGGCUGGCCGAGGAGCCGCUGCUGGGCGACGGGCUGUGGCUGCUGGGCGACAUGUCGUGGGCGGCAACCACCAGAACCGUCGACGCGCUCGAGAAGUGGCAGGACCAGGAGCCCUCCCACACGGCCGUCGCGCUGACCAUGGGCAAAGAGGCCAGCACGUACGAGCUGAUCCAGCAGGAGCCAGCGCUAGCAGCCCGGUUCGCGCGCGCCAUGACGUCGGUCGCCAAGUUCAGCAGCCGGCCGCCGCGGCUGCCGCGCGUCAACUUCGUGCCGACCAAGCCAUUCCAGACGCUGGGCACGGCGACCGUGGUCGACAUUGGCGGGUCGCGCGGCAUCGACGCGGUGCUGCUGGCUGGCAGGUACCCUAACCUCAACUUCAUCGUGCAGGACCUGCCGCCCAUGAUCGCCGGCGCCGAGGCCGCGGUGCCGCCGGCGCUGCGCUCUCGCGUCCGGUUCGCGCCCUACAGCUUCUUCACGCCCCAGACCACCGUCGCCGACGCCUACGUCAUCAAGCGGUGCUUCCACAACUGGCCCGACCACUACUGCGUGCGCAUCAUCAAGAACCAGAUCCCAGCCAUGCGCCGCGGCACCAAGAUUAUCGUCAUUGACAGCCUGCUCCCCCCGCCCGGCACCAUGUCGCUGGCCGCCGAGAGGAUGGCCAGGGCCUUCGACAUGAUGAUGCUGACGCAGCUCAACGGGCGCGAGCGCGAGGCCGACGACUGGCGCCAGAUAUUCCGCCAGGCCGACGAGCGCUUCACCAUCACGGGCAUGCACCCGCUGGCGUCGCCCGCCGACUUUGGGCCGUCGACGGGCAUCAUCGAGGUCGUGUGGGAGGGCUGA